GUUGAGAAAGUUUGACAGCGGCACGGUAGCCUGCCUGCUGCUUUGCGUGCUGUUAACGUUUGAAACCUAUGCCUUUUCCGCCCGAUGCAAAAGGAGUUACUGCGAUUUAGUUUGAUAGAAAACGGUAUACAUUUGGCUUGAAAAAAAAAGAAUUAACGUAGAUUUUCGUCUUUUUUCUGCGAGUAUCAAUGGACGUUGUUCAGAAAUUGGUGUCAGGAUUCUCUCUGGAUCUUGGACCUGUGAAAGAACCAUUGGGCUUUAUUCGAGUCUUGGAAUGGGUAUUUGCCAUCUUUGCCUUUGCCACUACCGGAGGCUAUUCUGGGACUACCCACUUCACAGUCGAAUGUGUGAAAGGGGAGGGAAAGGAUGUCAACCCUGCCUUUGGUUACCCAUUCAGGUUGUCAGCCUACCCAUAUUUAGUACCAACGUGUAAUGGCAGCCAGCAAAACCAGACCUUCCUCCAGGGUGACUUCUCCUCAUCAGCAGAGUUCUUUGUGUGCGUGGGUGUGUUUGGUUUCCUUUACUGCACUGCCAUGUUGAUUCUCUACCUGGGCUACCAGAACAUCUACCGCCAGACCAGCCGUGGGCCCAUCAUUGACCUGGUAGUGACAGCUGUCUUUGCCUUCCUGUGGCUGGUGUCUUCAUCAGCCUGGGGCAAGGGACUGACUGAUGUGAAGUGGGCCACCAACCCAGAGCACCUGGUGGAGGCUUGCAAGGACAUCUGCCACCCAGGAGAGUACCCCUCUAUGGGCCGUCUCAAUGGCUCUGUGAUUUUUGGGUUUUUGAACCUGAUCCUGUGGGCAGGUAACUGCUGGUUCAUCUACAAGGAGACUCCCUUCCAUAAGAACCCAAACCCACCUGCAACGAUGGAGGAAGGAGGAGUCCCUGGGCCCUAACCUGAAGGCCUCUUAAUGCAGGUCUUACCCAGCUGCAAAGACGCUCAAUGCCCAACACUGGUCCUAAUUUCCACUUAUUAAAAAAAAAAGGAAAGCAAAAUUCCUCCAUAAUACCCUGACCUGAGCAGUUUUCGAUGACGGGUAUUCACCCCUAGUAAAUCCAGUGACCAGUCUAUCAUGUUUUUUUUCAAGUCUUGUGUAGAUUCUGUUAUAUUUGUUUGGCCUACUAACUGUAGCCAGGUCACAAAUUCUCCAAGUGCAGUUAAGCCAUUAAGAGUGACAUAAUAAGCUAAACGUUUUUUAUGCGCGCUCCAUAAUCCAGGUAAGGAAAUCACAGAAAGUUGAAUCAGUUCAAUGUGGACACUGUUUAUUGAGAGAAA